CUGCCGGGAUCUCGCAAAUGUCAAGAUUAGUUAGCAACGAAAAGAAAACAACCAGCACGUUCCACACCUCGUGGCAUGCCAGCAAGAAUAGUCGUCGAAGGUCGGAAGACGUGGUACAAAAUAUCGUUUGGAACGCUCAAUAUGCUAUCACGUAAAAAUGGGUUGUUUUGGGAGCAAAGACAAAUUGAGCAAAGAGGAUAUGGACUUCCUUAAGUCGCAUACGAGAUACGAUGAGGCGACUAUCAAGGAGUGGUAUAAAGGAUUCAAACAAGACUGUCCCAAUGGUAGGCUCACGCCUGCAAAAUUCGUUGAUAUGUACAAAAUGUUCUUCCCUUCGGGGAAUGCCGAAGAGUUUUGUGAUCACGUAUUCCGUACAUUUGAUAUGGACAAAAAUGGCUAUAUCGACUUUAAGGAAUUUUUACUUGCAAUUGACGUGACAUCAAGUGGAACGCCAGAGGAAAAACUAAAAUGGGCGUUUCGCAUGUACGAUGUCGAUGGGAAUGGCGUCAUCGACAUCCAGGAAAUGACGAAAAUUGUACAGGCGAUAUACGACAUGCUGGGUGCAUGUUCGAGCAACAGGCCAGCAGACAGUGCGGAGGAAAGGGCGAAGAAUAUUUUCGCAAAAAUGGAUGAAAACAAUGACGGGCAAUUGACGCAGGAAGAAUUUCUCAAGGGAUGUCUGCAAGACGAGGAGCUAUCGAAAAUGCUAGCCCCUUAAUCCCGGCACGUCACAUUCGAAGAAGACGUCUCUGUGUCGUCUUUCUAAGCAAUGCCAUCAAACUCUCUGCAUUAUUUCGCAUCGUCGCGAAACCAGCGUUCUCCGAACCGAACGGUCAGACAAAAUACUGAAAACUAUUAUCCAACCUAAAUUUGUAAACCAAAAUACCAACCACUAAAUCCACAGUCCUCCAAAACACAAAAUGCACAACCUAAUU